GAUGCGUGAAUGUUACCAUAAUCUUAUUCCUAUAAUAAAUACAACUCGAAUUUUUAGAAAACCCGAACGACGUCCUAUCCGUUCAGGUGCCAGAAAACGCUGUGGUCUCUCCAUCAACGAUCGAACAAGAUUAGCAGAGAUACAAGCGUAGCGCACCACACCUUGGCUGGUAAAUUCCAGCAAGUCGUACACGAUAUGCCCCAAGCUUCGAGAGAGUCGGGCCAAUCGGCCAUUGCUGAUGACAUCGAUGCCAUAACGCCAUGUCCCCUUACACGUAGCAGUCCUAAAGCAAUUAAGGAAUCCGGAAUCAUCAACUCGAUCAACAAGUUCCAAGAGUCAAGAUCCCCGUCGCCAUGUUCCGAAUGUUCGUCAGACAUCACGGACGCAUCCAGGAGUAGGAGACGAGAAUCCCUCAAGGCCCUAGAGGAGGGUACAGAAGGUGACCCCGAAAGACUAUGGGAACGGAUGCUUGCGCUCCAGCAAAUUUACGGUUGCUAUAAUUCGGCUAGGAUGAGCGCGGCGCUUAGCUCGGGGGACGUCAGCUUGCUAUUGCCUUCCAAGGCAUGCUUAAAUCUUCUCAAUGAAAAUAUAUCUUUUCUACCCGACGAAACAGGGGGAGCAUUUGGAGAAUGGAAGCCGAACGCCGGGAGCAGGCGUAGUCAUUAACUUGGCACCUACUAGGAAAGGAGUGCUAGAAGAGUAUGUUAUGGCAGAAAGAGUACGUCAUCUAAUCGCCAAGAAUGGCUUGGAUGGCUUGGGUCUGGAAAAUAUAGUAGCAUGCUCCGGUAU